UGCUCAAGCUAAUGUUGUGUUCCAAUUUAGUCACCUGCUUAGCGUAAUUAUAGUUCCCGUUAAUCCACGCAGUUAAUGAGCUGUUAUGUUCUUGAACCGUGCUGUACACAUAGGACAUUAAAACCAGGGCUGUACCAAGCCUUCCGUCCCGAAGAGGACGCAGUCACUCACCUCCCCAGUCAGUCCCGCUUUGAUAGGACAGUGCUGGCUUCCUGCUUUUUAUGUUUCUGAUGCGAGUAUGGUCGCCGUGCCAGACCAGUGAUAUCAAUACUACCUCACUGUAACAGUUUCUGUCGGCAUAAUUAAUGCCUCCUCGAUAAGAAUCGUCAUAGCCUACAUAUUCUAUAAAUAUUUGAAACAUCGGAGUGAACUGCUUGCAAUAACCUGAGUUUUACUGGGUUACCACUCCUCUGGGUGCAGAUCUGAUGGGGUUUGGGGAGGACCUGUGGUGUCCCCAGGCCCACGCGGCCCUGAUGCGGCUGCAGGACUCGGAGCUGCGUCUGAUGGAGGUGAUGAAGAAGUGGAUGAGCCAGCGGUCCAAGAGCGACCGGGAGUUCUCUGUUCAGCUGCACCAGAUGGCUGCCAUGGUUGAGAAACUGGAGGGGCCCCAGCCUGGGGGAGGACCGGACUACAUCAGCCAGCUUAAUCAGUCGUGGGGUGUGCUGGUGGCUCAGACGGAGAGUUUGAGUCGUGUGAUGCGGCGGCAGUCUGAAGACCUGCAAGUUGGGCCUCUCAGCAAACUGACCCUGCUGAUCAGAGACAAGCAGCAGCUCAGGAAAACCUACACAGAGCAGUGGAGCCAGCUCAGCCAGGAGCUCAGCAGGGUGACCCAGACAGAGCUGGAGAGGCUGAAGGCCAGCUAUAGACAGCUGGUGAGGGAUGCAGGGCAGGCAAAGAGGAAGUACCAGGAGGCCAGUAAAGAUAAAGAACGUGAGCGUGCGAGGGAGCGCUAUGUGAAGGCUACUCUGAGGCUCCAUGAGCUUCAUAAUGAGUAUGUUCUGUCAGUCAGAGCAGCCCAGGUGUACCAUCAGCACCACUACAGCCAGGCCCAACCUGCCCUGCUCAUGGCACUACAGAGCCUACAGCAGGAGAUGGUACUUGUACUGAAGGAGAUUCUGCAGGAGUACUAUGACAUGUCCAGUAUGCUCCAACAUGAGGUCGUAUCUGUCCACGAGGAGAUGUCUGCUGCUUUGAUGGCCAUAGAGCCACACAGAGAGUACGAGAGCUUCAUCCAACAGAACAGGUCUGUAGGGGAGGUUCCGGUGUGUGUGGAGUUUGACUCUGGUCUUUUGGAGAACACAGAUCGACUGAAGACUGGAGAGCUGGAACUAAAUGAGCUUACAGUGGAGGGGAUCCAGCACAGGUUGACUGCAGUGGAAGAGGAACUGCUGUCUCUAGCUGGUAAUGUGGUUUCCCAACAGGCCUCAGUCAACCAGCUGGAGUUGGAGCUAGAGGCAGAGGAAGAGUGCAUCAAACGGGGUCAGAGGGUUUACCAGUUCAGUAAGAGGCAUGCGCUGGAGGAGAGCCGACAGCAGGUGAUGCUGUCCCUGGGAGCUAGAACCAGGCUGGAGGCACAGAGGUUGCUGCUGAAGGGGAAGCUGGAAUGGCUGGGAUCCAGUGAACCCCCACCUGCCCUGGGGCUGGAAGAGGAUCGUAUCUCCCUCUCCUCUAUCACCUCUAGUGAGAGGGACGGCCUCAGAAACCUCAGUGUGGACGGCAUCAUAAGCCAUUUUAGCGGCCUGUUCAAACCCAAAUACACGGUGCCCCCUGCCCUGUCCCCAGUCCCAGAGGUAGAGCGCCCCCUGGAGCAGCAGAACUGGUACCACGGAGUCAUCCCCAGGCUGGAAGUUCAGGAACUGCUGAGGUGUGAUGGAGACUUCCUGGUCAGACAGAGUCAGGGCAAACAGGAGUAUGUCCUUUCUGUCCACUGGGCUGGCGCUUGCAGGCACUUCCUUAUCCAGAGCACAGACAAUAUGUACCGCCUGGAUGGAGAGGGAUUCCACACCGUUCCCAUGCUGAUGAACCACCUGGUCUCCUCACACCAACACGUCACCAAGAGAUCCGACAUUGUCCUGAAGAGACCUGUCCUAAAGGACAAGUGGGUUCUGGAACACGAUGAUGUCAUCCUGGGGCAGAGCAUUGGCCAGGGUAACUUUGGGGAGGUGUACAGUGGUCGUCUGCUUUCUGAUAACACCCCUGUAGCUGUAAAAGCCUGCAGAGAGAACCUGGCCCCAGAACACAAGAACAGGUUCCUUAUGGAGGCCAGGAUCCUAAAGCAGUAUGACCACCCUAACAUAGUGAAGCUGAUUGGUGUCUGCACACAGAAACAACCCAUCUAUAUCAUUAUGGAGCUGGUACAAGGGGGAGACUUCCUGUCCUUCCUGCGCUGUGAAGGUCACAACCUGAAGUCAAAUAUGCUGGUGAAAAUGGCAGAGAAUGUGGCAUCUGGCAUGGAGUAUUUGGAGAGCAAGAAAUGCAUCCACCGGGACCUGGCAGCCCGUAACUGUCUGGUGGGAGAACAGAGCAGGGUGAAGAUCAGUGACUUUGGGAUGUCUCGCGAGCAGCAGGAUGGGGUCUACUCUGCCGCGGGGGGCCUCAAACAGAUCCCUGUCAAAUGGACGGCCCCCGAAGCCCUCAACUAUGGGAGGUACACCACGGAGAGUGACGUGUGGAGUUUUGGAGUUCUCCUAUGGGAGAUAUUCUCCAGGGGAGUCACACCCUACACCAGCAUGUCCAACCAGCAGACAAGGGACGAGGUGGAGAAAGGUUACCGGAUGCUAGCCCCAAACUCCUGUCCUCCAGAUGUGUAUGCUAUUAUGUGUCGCUGCUGGCAGUACGACACCAGAAACCGGCCGUCCUUCAGCAAACUCAGGACCGAACUCAGUGCUUUAUACCAGAAACUGUCCUUACUCAAGUGACUUGUUUGAUUCUGUUUUACCUUUUUAUAUGGAGCAGAUGUUGCCUUUAUUUAAUAUACAUAGACUAUAGAGAACCAGUUGCUAUGUGAUCUUGAUUUUACCAUAUUUAAGUAGUGAUAAUGUGCCAGGCUGUGAGACCACAGGUAAUCUAAGUACACAUGACAUGUGUGUAUUGAAAACAUUGGUACCAUAUUCUACAAAGUAGAAUAUUCUACAUCUGUUGAAUGUUGCUAUUGUUUACUGUAUUACGUUACUGUAAAUGUACAAAUUGAAUGUUUCUAUUAUAUCAGCUUUAAAGAGUUGAUGGGAUCUUUUUCUUUCUUAUCUUUUUUAAUAUACACUGAACAAAAAUUUGAACACAAUAUGUAAAGUGUUGGUACCAUUUUUCAUGAGCUGAAAUAAAAGAUAUGCAAAAUAA